GGCAUUUUCAUAAAGAUGGCGGAUAAGGCUGCCCGAAGUGUAGGCUCGGGCGACCAGCCUGUCCCCAUGAAAUUAUUUGCGACAUGGGAAGUAGAGAAAUCGUCUCCGAACUGCAUACCAAGAUUAUGUACAAUGACAAUGACACGACUGCAUGUUUUAAAGCCCCUUGAAAAUGAACUUACAUCAAUUGUUGUGGCAGUAAAGAUGCAGCAGAACUCCAAGCGUAUUCUUAGAUCCAAUGAGAUCACAGUUCCUCCUGGUGGUAUCUUCGACACUGGCUUGGAUUUGUCCUUUUCUUUACAGUACCCACACUUUUUGAAGCGUGACGGAAACAAGCUGUUGGUCAUGCUUCAGCGACGGAAAAAGUAUAAGAACCGCACCAUCCUGGGCUUCAAGACUCUGGCCAUCGGACACGUCAACAUGUCUCAGGUGCUGCAGAGGUCUGUGGACAGCGCCCUGUCGCUGUACAGCAACGCCAAGGAACGCACCAACCCAGUGGCUCAGCUCGCCGUCUCCGGCCUGUCCAGUCAGCCAGUGGACCACGAAGACAACGGCCAUCGCAAGCAGGCGUCUUCGGAUGUUGAUCGAUCACCUGAUGUAGACAAUGACAGUGAUGAGGAUGAAGUACAAGACUAUAAUGAGUUCUCAUCAAAUGAUGAGAUGAGUGACAGUGAGCCAAUGAUGAUAGAUGACCAUCCACGCCCACGAACUGCUGGUCGCAACAAGACUCGUCCUGCAACCUCCAGGCAAAGAAAUUUCAAGCAGAAAUUUCGAGCAUUGAUAAAGAAAUUUAGACUGACAGAAGAGCAACUGGAGUUGGAUUCAGAAGCAGACCACGACUUAAAUGACCCUGACACAAAUCCUCCAGACAUCGAUGAAAUGUUGGAUGAGUUGGAGGAUCUCAGUGAUAGUGGACCAGAGAUUGAUACAAUCAGUGUUAUGUCUACACCAAAACCACGUUUAAGGCCUUUUUUUACUGGAAGAAGUACUACACCUGAGAUUGAGACUUCAUCCAAACAUGAUGCUGUCACUCCUACGCCUAAGUCCUCAAAUGAUAAUGAAGCUACAGUGAAGCGAAGUGACUCAGACUGUCACACAGAACUCGAAACAGAGCUCAGCCAUACUCUGAGUGUACAUGGGAUGGCCCCACCCCAUCCUGCAGCAGCUACGACAGCAGUUCCAGCUUACUCAACUUCACCACCUCCAGCGCGAUCAAAGUCGCCCUCCUUCCCCAAACCCAAACGUUUUCAGCGUGAGCGCAGCACUUCAUACAGGGAGAAAAAGAGUAGAAAGGAAAGCAAACCGCCAAGACGGCACAGUUACGGCGGAGCUGAAAAUGUGCCAGGAAAGGCAUUGCUGGAACAACUGAUGAAGGUUUUGGACUUGCCAGAUGACAAAAUACCUGAGAGCAUAUUUCUCAUUAAUUGUGCUGAAUGGCAGGGGCAGUUCUUAGCUCAGAGACUCCAGGAUCGAUUCCAGCUGAUUAAAACCUGCACUGAAGCAGAUGUUAAAGCAUCUGUUGCAUUCCUUGUAGGAAAGAUACAGAAGUUCUGCAACAGUAAUGCAAGGACUCCAAUGACAAUCAAAGUUGGCAUUAUGGGAGGUGAUGCAUACAUAAACACAGUCUUGCGGCCCUAUGUUGAACAUUUUUCAGCCAAAACACCAGAUUGGCAAACCUUCAUCAAGUUCCUUCUUAUUCCUUUUGGUGCCAGUGCAAUAGCCAAGUACCUGGGCAGUUUGGACAGCACCUAUAGCUCUCUCUUUUGGGACACACACUGGCGUGACAUGUUUGACAAGCCAGAUUCUCCAAAAUUAGAUACUGAAGAGAUUGGAAAUCGUGUUUCACUGUAUGUUAAUGGAGCCAACUCCGUACAUCACGUACCCAUUGCCGAAGCGCUCAUCAUGUGCAAGACAAAAGGGACUGAUGAUAGUUCAGCCCAAGUGUUUAUUCCAUUUAUAAGUGAAGUGAGAAUUGGCACUUUGGAAGGCUUGAAUACAUCUACUUCAGUUGAGAUCGAUGAUAGCUUAAUGACCUCAUCGGGACCAUCAAGCUCUCCUCCAACUACUACACCUACAGUGGAGAAGACCCGCGAAUCCCAUACUCCACCAAACUCUCCCAAUAUCAGCACCAUGUCCCCUUCAUCAAGCAACUUGCCAGGAUCUGGAAAUGCAGCUGUGUUAUCCAAUAGCACUGGGGAAUAUAUGGACCUACAGGUUGACUAUUGGUACACUUCGCUGAAGCCAGAGAGCUCUGAUCGUGAGAAAGAUAAGAAGGACAAACGGGACACCAGUAGCAAGUGCUCUCUCAAGACUGCCUUUAGAUCUUUGCUUGUGUCACGAAUGCCACCAUCCAUGGGCACAGGAGCAUUGUCAACAUUAGGUUCACCAGGCCCUCCACCCCCGGCAUUCUCGAUGGUUGUUGUUACAAAGGAGAAAAAGCAGAAAAUUAUGCGUAUUGGCAAGAAGGCAAAAGAACUGGAGUCUAAAAGCCAGGUGAUUGAUGGUAUUAACCGCAUGGUGUGUACAACCAAAAGCCAGAAUGUCACUUUGACAGUGGUUGUUGAUGGGGUGGAAUGGCAUGGAGUCAAGUUUUUCCAGCUGUCCUCUCAGUGGCAGACUCAUAUGAAAAACUUCCCAGUAGCCAUUUUUACUUCUAUGGACUCUUUCUGAGUGGUGUCAGUCUACUAAAGUCGCUGGAGGCGAUGUUAUUCCCAUUAAUGUUGGAACCUUGUGCUGCACAGUUCAGUGGGAGAGCAAAAUGCUUCAACUGAAACUGGUUCUUUUUGCCUUUUCAUUUUUAGGGUCAGCUGAAAGCUCUCAAAAAUUACAAGCAGACUAUUCUGCCUCACAGCCAGCAGACAUCUCACAAGCUAGUCAGUUCUGAGCAUUCCUGAGAUGUGUCUGUAAGUUUGAUUGGAAUUGUGAGAAAAUGUGUGUGUGCCUGCGUGUGUAUGUAUGUGUCUGUGCAUUCAUUUGCACAUGCCUGUAUAUAUGACUCAUGCAUGUGUGUGCACAUGCAAGACAAAAGGAGUCUGACUUUGAGACAGAUCUUUUGUUCAUUACAUUUUUGUGCAUAUUUCCAUUUUUCUAAAGUUGUGUAUAUUACCAAAAAAAAAGUCUAAAACCUGUAAAAGAAUAGAUUUAUGAAUUACCUCCAUGCAAAAGUGAAUACUCUAGUCAACUGAAUAAUCUUUAAUGCACCAUAUAAAAUGGGCUUAAAGAACUUGAAAAAAAUUGAAUAAUGUCACCUUAGUAGAGAUGGAUGAUGUCACCAUAGUAGAGAUGGAUGCUUUGCUUACAGCCAUUCUUGUUUGCUUGUAUUAACUUUGCUUUGGUUUGUAAUUUUGAUGUAAAUUAUGACACAUUGACAAUUGACAUAUGUAGAUUCUUCCAUAUUUUCUCUUGAACAAACUGGUUGUGUGCCUCAAGGCAAUUAUGACUGCCAUAUAUGGUGGAACUUUCAGAUGGCGGUGAAAUUUAAAAAGCUAUAUGUCAGUGUGUAUUUUUCAUGCAGACCAAAGACAUUUUACAUUUACUUCCAUGCUUUCUCCAUGCUUGUGACUGCCAGUUCUUCAUGUACAUCUCAACCCCUACCCCCUAUUUUCACAGCUUUUACAGCACUUAUGCAGCCAUUGGAAGUUCUUUCCUGGUUGAUGCAGUCACCUCUAAGGACAUGGAUAGAUCUUUGUACCUUUUGUCGCAUGCAUACAUAGCAUGGCUUCACGAAUGCCAUGUUACAGCUUGUUCUUACCGUUUAAGAAAGCUUCAUGACAGUGCCUCUUGGCGACUUCUGGAGACAGGUUUCUUGUGUACUGUGAAAUACUUGUGCAUUGUUCAAGCAAAGCCAGUCUUAUUAUGAUUUAUCUGCUACAUAGCUCCCUCUGUGGAGGGUUAAAGAAACAUCUACAGCCUUUGGAAACAUACAAAUGGUUGAAACCACCAGUGGAGUAGCGACGACAGGACUCUGCAAAGAGAUGGGCAUAGAGAAUUCAAAUUUGGAAUUGUUGAUGGGACACAGCCGUGAUGAUGUUUCAGCAUCAUUAUUGUGUGUAAAUAUUGCUUUGGCCAGAUCUUGGAAAAGAUUUUCAGGCUGAAAGAUGUCUGGAAAUAUGACUUCUGUGAUGGGGGAUUGUGAGUUGAAAAAUUGUUUGAUGAAGCAUGUUUUUGAUUUGUUUGAAUUAUAUAUGAGGUAAUGCUUAAUCCAUUUAGUGUGACUGCAUGCUAGUGUUGCUCAAGACUCCUAAAGACUGCAAUGAAGGAGGGCUGGAUGUGGAUUAUCAUCUUAGUUGAUACCCUCCCCCUACAAUUUAUUUUAAGAGCGUUUUUUCAAAAAUUGUAGGUAGUGCUUAGCAAUCUAUAGCUCACAGAAAAAAUCUCUACUUUCCUAAAGACUGUUUGCCAUUGUUUAAUCAGAUCUUAACUGUUGUGCUUCUGUUAGAGCUAAAAUAUAUAGUAGCAUUUGAGUUUCAUCAGGUUACAAAUGAUCCUUUUGACUAUCUGCUGUCUUGCAGGGUUAGAAAACAGUUAACUAUAGUCCUCGCACAAUAUGGCAUGCAUUUUAUUUUAGUACCAGAAAUCAUAAAUAGUUUGACAUUGUUGAUUUAAAAUAUUAGUUUAAAAUGUUUUUAGGUAGAUGCAAAGUGUUUGGGUAUUCCUUUUAUAAGGGAAGAUUGUGCUUCAAAUGACCUUAAUGACACGAAGGCUUUUAGUCAUGACAGCUGUUAUUAAAAAAAGAUUAAAAUCAAUAAGGAAAAAACCCUUGAAAAUCUCUCAGCAUAAACAAGAAACUGAAAUGAGCAUGUGUACAUUAUUUUAAUCUAAAUGCAAAUGAACAGGUGCAGAUUCACUCAUCCUUUUUAAUCAGUUACUGUUACAAAUGAUCAUUUUUAAGUCAUUUUAGACUACUUCAAGCCCCUGCUGUAUGUGUUUGUAUUUAUUCCUGAACCAUUUGUUGUGCACUUUUGUAUAAUAAUCAUGAGCAACAGUUCAGGUUAAGUAAUCUGAGUAGCAGCAUAGGAAGAUCACUGUAAUUUUAGUAACAAACAAAAGAACACAGUAGUUGGGGUUAGUUGCACAACAUGUUUCUAAAACUUAAAUUUGUUUUAAAGGAGCAGAUUUAAAAACUCCUCCUAUUCAAAACCUCUCCUGUGCUAUUUAGAUGCAUUGGACAAGCACUUAAAAAAAUGUGCUAACAGGAAUGAAAGUCUGGCUCAAGCAGUUUUAUCUUAUUUUUUUUUAAAUACUCUAUUUUAAAAGUUAUAAAAUUGUAUUGUUACACUGUGUUUCUAUAAAAUUGAUCAUUUAAAUAGGUUUAAAAGUAUUUAAAAUUAGAAAUAUGCAGCUGGCCCCAGAUCCAUCUCUUUAGCAGAGCAUUAGCUGGUUUUUAUAAAUAGCUCUUCACUGAGCCCGGCCUAUGUUGUACACAAACUUCUUGCCAUGAAUAAGUACAGUUGUCUUGUUUAUCCCUUUGCUGCCUGUUUUAAUUUACGAGUGUAUAUAAUUGUGAAAUUUGUUCAUUUUUAAGAUGAAGGACUAUGAAUUAGAAUGUGUGCCAUAUGUUGUGUACAAGUUAAAUUGCAUCAGUUUCUUUGGGUGCUGCUUUUUUUCUUGCUUGUUAAUAGAAGUGAGUAUUUUGUCAUCAGGCAGCUUUUCCAAGUUAGAUUUACAUACCAGCUGUUAAUAGCAGAGAUAAUACUGUACAUAGAAUUGGUAUGUUACCUGUUACUGAAGACUGACAGUUCAGCUGUUACUUGCUGCUUGUUAUAAUAGAUUGACAAUUUUAUAAAUUACUAUUGACCUGUGACCUACAACAUAGAUUGAUGUUACUACCUAUCAUGCUUAGAACAUCUUUACAUUAGAAAAGUCGAAAAAUUGUCACAUUGCUGGACAUAAGAGAAGUAGGUCGCUUUGAGUACCAAACACUUGGGGAACUAUUUGCUUCAUUGCAGAAUUUUGAGAAAUGAAGAUUAAAUUGAUGACUUUGAAAAUCAAACAAGAAUACUUUUAUGCAGAGUCAUAAAACCUUAUUACCUUAUUGUCAGAUAUGCAUAAUAGUCACAAAAUAGAAGAUAGGGCGCAGGGAAUAUGCUAGAGUGGCACACAAAUAGGUAGUAAUUGUUUGGAUGAAGAAAUAUACAUGUGAACUGAUGUAUGGCCACCACUGUUUCAGAACAUCUGUAUCUUGGUAUCUUUAGACCAUUUUCAGUUCAGAAUAGUGUCAUUUAAACUUCUUAGUUAUAUGAAACUUUUAUUUGUACUUAACUAUUUUUUUUUUUUUUUUUUUUUACAAACAGAAAGAAUUAUGGGGUAAGAAAAAACGAGGUGAAGCUCAGUCUUGGGAGAACAGAUAGUACUCAGCUUACGGAGUCAUUGGUGACAAGCUUGUCAUUAAAAAAUUUUCAUACAUUUUUUCAGAGGAAGCAGUUGCAGGAUACAAGUGCAUUUAUAUGCUUUAAAAAAGGAGGAAAGAGAGAUGUUAUGAGAAUAAUAGGGGGGAAACUUGCUAUUAUUAACUGUGUAUGGCAUCUUUAUGCAGCUUAUGACAUAAUUGUGUGCAGGUAUAAUUUUUGUUUGAGGUUGGAGGGUGAAUACAGUAGUUGGUGACUAUGAAUAAAAAACAACAGGUCCAGGUAUUGAGUUUACAUGUGUUUCUUCAGGUGAUUAGCACAUACUGUUAGUUUACAAGCUAACAAGCUUAUUUAAUACAUCAGGUUGACUAAAUAGCAGAUUUUUUUUUAUUUCAUAUGGGGAUCUAGAUGAAGACUUUGUGCUAAAGAUCGAUUGUCAUACCCUAAGGACUAAUAUUAGUGGUUUGCUGUUUGAUGCAGUCAUAUCUCUGCUGAAAUGCAGCAUGCAGAUUCCCAAAUGACUAGUUUUUUGUAAGUGUUAAUGACAGAGUUGUUGUACUUUGCCUUGCUUUUGCAUUUGAAGAAAUGACAUCUGAUGAGCGUACCCUUGGAAUCGGAAAUGUUUAUUAGCACCUGCUUACAGACGUCAGUGCAAAAGGUGUAUAGUUACCCUUAAAAAGUUCAAAUUAAUAAUAAGUGUAAUGUUGUAAUGAAUUGAGGGCAUUUGUUAAUUUUAAAAUCAACAUAAAGUCAGAAUGGUUAUGAUCUUGAAUCAGUUAUAGGUAGUAAUCUUUUUCUGGGGUGCUUUUAACCAAUUUAGACUUUUUGUGAUAAUGUGUAUAUGAAAAUAUUUUCUAAGUUUGUAUCUUUGCCAUCAGUAUUGGUGAAUCUGUUGGGGCAUUUCCCACACAACAUACUCAUGGUCUCUCCUUGGGUUUUACUUAAAUCCAUCAUUUUAUAUCCAUCUCUGCUCCACUGUGUCAUUUUCUUGAUAAUCUUUCUUUUUUUUUAAAUCUUUUAGUGCAAUGAUAAUCAAACGAGCCCUUGCUUUAUAGGCCGUUUAAUAUGGGAUGCAUUUUGUGAAUGUUUUUCUUUGUCUGAUAUGAAACUUUGAAUAUCAUUUGAUGGUUUCGUUCUCAUACUCAGAUGACCAAGUGUAAAAGUUUUGUAUCAUAUGUAAUUUAUAAAGUGACUGCAUGUCUGUUAUGUUCUUUUGUGUUCACAUAUUUCAUGAUAAGUCUUGCUCAUUUAUUGAUGUGUGAUAAAUGUUUUGUUCAAGCUAUCUGUGCUGGAAAGAAAUGGAGGACUGGAGAUUUGUUGCCUUUAUUGGCUGAUUUUGAUGUGAGAGAUUGCAGCAUAAGUCAAAACGCUUGUGUGGAGAAAUUGUUCUCAAGGUUAAUAUCUUUAAGUCAGCACAUGCAUUCAUAAAGAGGGCCUGACCUGAUGAAGGACACAACAGCAUGGCACUCCUUUUAAUGCCUUUUUACUUGAUGGUAGAAAGCUACGCAUUAGUGUUAACAGGCCAAGCAUAAAAUGUUGUUAUUGAAAGGUAUUAAGGUGAUAUUCCUCUGUAAAUUAGCAUAUUAAAAAUGCUUCCUAAUGUACUCUAAACUAUUUAGACUUUUUAGAUUAAUGAAAGUGUGCUUUUUGCAAAAGAAACUGAGCAGGUCUUUUAACAAUAAACACAUUUUAUUUUUGUGAAGAAUUUUUUUGGGGUUGUUUUUUUUCUACUCUUUAAGGGCACCCUUGUUAUUUUUAUUAUCAUGCAGGAACAAGUAGAAGGUGACAUAAAAACACAAGGAGCUUAAAAAAAAAUUACAAGCCUCAGUAUUUUCAGUCUCUCUCAUGUGUAUGAAGAUGUUUGGAGAAACUAACUGCGAAGCAGUAUGUGUCUGUAAGCAUGUGAGAUUUACAUGAACUGAGAUUUUCAAAGUCAUUUUUUUUUUUUAAUCCUUGAUUGGAGACUUAUUUAUUGUCGAAAGAGAAUAGGUGCAGAAUCCAAAUUUAUCACUGGACUAAUGUGUAGUUGCGCUUUCAAUGUGGCCUUUCAGAGGCCCGCCAUGGGGGCUUGGGAUAUAGUACAGAUUGGCAUGUUCUAGUAGAUGAAUGAAAUAUUCACUUGAGUCUUGAUAUUUAUAUUUCAUAUUCGCAGGACCCUGUUGGUCAGUUUUGUCAGAUGUGCUUACACAACAGCAGGGGAAGUAACAAUCGUACAUGAUGGUGCCAUUUCAUUGCUUGAAGAACAGUUGGAUGUACAUAUUUAACUCUGUUGAACUUGAAAUUAAAGCAUUUUGGGGUUUUCUUCACCUCAAGUGAACAAAACACAAAGUUUGACAGGAUAAGGCCUCUCAUUUGUAUGUACCCUUCCCUCCGUGUGUACAAAAACUUGAUUAUGUACAGAAUGUGCUGUUAAAUGUUAAAACAUUCUCACCACAAGGAUUGUCUGUAGGAAUAUUUAUUGUUCUAAAAAGCUAAGAAUAUUUAACUUUGAUGGCAAGUGAUGUAAAAUGCAGCACCCAUUUAUUGUAGUAGUUGAUACAUGCCAUCUUUAGUUGUACUGUGCAGUCAACUGAACUGGGCUGAAUUUUAUUUUUUUUGGCAUAUUGAUCAGGAGUAAGGAACACUUAAACUUAAAAAUUUUAAUUCCUCCCAUUGACAGACUUUAGGACAUUUAAUUCAAUGUCUACACGCCUGGCUAAUCAGUCCAGACUGCAGUGACAAAAUGCUUUUGUUAAAGAUCAUAAGGGUAGGAUGAAUGCCCAUUUUGAUUCUCCUUGAAGAUUGAAUAUUAUUUGCAUAAAAUAAUAAAAUCUUCAUAAAAAAGUGUUGGGCUUGAAUAAAUUUUAACUCUGAAAUACAGUUUAAGAAUAACAAUCUUGAAAGUGAAGUAAAUGAAAAUGUAUUUUCAAUAAAUUGUCUUGAGCAAAUUUGGAUUUUCUCAGUGAUUUAAGAACUACAAGACAGGUCAUAAAUUGGCCACACAAAAAGAUUCCGCUGUCUUCCGUUCAGUUUCUGUUCACUCAGACCUUAAUUACUCAAAAUAAAAUUAUGGAUGCAUGUACCUGAGAUGUGUUCAUCAAAUUACUUGAUGUAUUGUACAUGUACUAGUGCAUGUUUUGAUUAGUCUGAAGCUUUAGCAUGAGCAGCCUAUUUCCUUUUUCUCCCUGGCAAUUCAUAGAAAGCUACCAAGGAUGUACUCGAUGUGGUCUGCAGUCAAUUUAGUGCUUCAUAAAAAAAUUUAUAAAAAUGAUGUCACUAUUCAUAAAGCUAAUGAUACAUCUUGCGGUGUCUUUUAUUUUCUUUGGCGGAAACGAUACUCCACCCACAAAGCAUAAAUGUUACUGAUGCAGGCUUGUUUGCUGUCUUUGCUCAUUGCAAUAAUUUUUUUUUUCUAUGAGAAAGUGUUGUUCCUCUUAAACUAUGGGGCCAUUCACUAAUCAUUGGGCGAGUUUGAGGCAUUCAUUGGAGUAAAACAUUGGUGUGAAAUGAAUCAAGUUUUACUUUAGCAAGUCAACUUAAAAUGGAAUCUAUCAACAGAGCAUGUUCAGGGAAUGAUGGAGAAUAGGCUGUUUGCAUGAUCAGCUAUGUUUCUAUUGGCAAAUGGUUAGUUAACAUACAUAGUUCUUUGAUUUCUAUAAAAAAUUUGUAAAUCAAAAAAGGUAAGUUUUACUUGCAUGUUUUAAUCAGUAAUUCAUUAUAAUUUAUUCGGAACUGGGUUUAUACCAGAAAUUGGUUUAAUUAUUCAUGAUAUAGACAUUACGCAUGUCUUCAGCCCCUCUUGCCACAUGUUAAGGCCAGAAUGUCUGGCACUUUGUCCAGUGGCGCUUUUUGUAUUGCAGGUUAAGAUGUAGAUGUUCUGUGGGUUGCAAACCAUAUGCUUUAGAAAUGAAUAUCUAAUGGCCAGUAUAUUGCCUUGCCCUUAGCAAUAUGACCAUGUUUUGUCAGUGUGUUUUUGUCAUGCAGUGGGGGCAUUGUUCAGUCUGUUUUCAUGCUUUCUCAAGCAUACACCUCUCACAAAAUUAUAUUUAGUCCCAUUCGCAUCUUCAUUUGCCUUUCUUGUCAAGUAUUAAAAAAAAUGCUCUUGUCACAGGGUUUAAACAUGCAGCGAUUUUUCAAACUGUAAAAUUUCUUUCUAAAUGAUAGCGUCUGUAUGCCAGUGUGUGUGUACAUACGUGUUUAUGCACAGGCAUGCAUGCACCUGAGUGCUAGCAUGUUCCUGUAUGCUCAGAUGCAUGCAAAGAAAAUGUAGAUGUAUGCUUACUUAGGGUUUCAAGACUUACAACCCAUUUGUUCAUCAUAGCUAAUAAAGGCCAGGUAUAUGUAAA